AUGUACGCCCAACAAGCUAUCGUCGCUUUCUUGAUGGCCACCAGCGCCACUCUCACCAGCGCAAGAAGCAUCGACAGACGCCAAUUGCUUGGGAGUCUUGGUAGCCUCCAGUGCAAUGUGGCACGGCUCCAAAUCGUCGGCGCCCUGAGCGACACCCAGGACGCUGUUGAUCAAAUCUCCGACGCAAAAGUCCAGCAGGCUGCCAACGCCGGCCUUCAACAGGCGCAAGGCGGUAUUUCGCAAAUUGCAAAGUCUCUUAUCAGCGGCGGUGCACCGCCUGCGGCCAGCCGUAACGAGGUAGCAGCUGGACUGUCCGCGGCCGGUACCGCUCUUUCUGGUGCUGAUGCGAGCAACAAGGCUGUCGCUGAUGCGCAAGCAGGGCUUGCUAAAUCAGUCAAGGCUGGUCAGGAUGUCGUUGCAAACUGCUAA